GAGAGAGUCGGAGAUGACUCAGUCAGUCUGAGAAGAGGAGUGGCUACAGAGCCUUUUAUAGGAAGAUCUGCCGGUUAUUAAAUUGUAAAGUAGCAGAUUACAGCAGCUAUGGAGCUUCUUGUACUGGUCUCCCUCUGCCUUCUGACGUUUACUGGAAAAACAUUUGGUGAUAAACUUGAUCAAACCCCGAUUAUCAUCAAAGAAGACGAGAGUGUCAUCCUACCUUGUUCUUUUAGCACAUCACUCACAAAUUAUCGCUUUGACUGGAAAAAAGAUGGCAAGGACGUAUUUCUUUAUGAAAAUGGCAGAGUUAACCCUUCAAGUCCAGAUGAGCAGUUCAAUGGUCGGGUCUCUCAUUUUCCAGAUGAAGUAAAGUCUGGAAAUGCCUCAAUAACUAUCAAACAAGUAAAGGUAUCAGACAGUGGAACUUACACCUGCUUGAAUCUAGAUGGUAAGGAGGAGGAACGCCAGCAAAUUAAGCUUACUGUUGGUGCAUUUGCAAAACCAUUAGUCAGUAGUCAUAUAACUGCUGACUGGGCACUGCUGAGGUGUGAAGUUCUUGAUGCUUCUCCUGAACCCACUGUAGUCUGGUAUGACAGUGAUGGAAACAACGUUUCUGAUAGAAAACCAGAGGUCAGAGAAACAGGUGGGCGCUAUAACAUCAUCCUGGAGACCAAAGUGACCAAGACAGACAACUAUACCUGUGUAGCCACACAAAAUGAACUUAAUCAUCAGUCUAAUAAAACUACAUCUGUAAAUAUCAAAGGUACAUGUCCAAAGCCAACUAUCAGGAUUAUUGAGAAACUCAAUAAUGGGACACUGGUGGAGUGCAAAGUUCGUGGUGUUUUUCCAGCACUUAAAAUGGAGUUCCAGAAUCGUGCUAAUUUCACUGUUUCUGCUGGAGCUCCUCAACCAUCUCCGAAUGGAAUAAAUGAGUAUAUCCUUCGCCAUUAUGUGACCAAGGAAGACCACUACCACUGUGUUGUGACGCAAGAUAACAUCUGCCAUCAAAUUUCCUCAGAAGAGAACUUGGUGCACGUCACUUCUGAGUUGAAGGACACAACAGGAGAUAAACAAACAGGAGAGUCCUGAUCUUAUAUUUCUUUAAAUAGUUCUGGAUAUCAAUAGAGAAGAUAUUUAAGUAUUGGCCUAUAUAUCUAGUAAAGAUCUAUUAAAACCUGCAUGCCGGUACAAUUCCACAUUUACUAGAAAAACAGACAGAUUUGUUUGCAUUUGUUUCAUAUUUCAUACAAUCAGUGUCUGUUUAACAAAACUGACUAUUUGUCCCAAAGACACAGCAGCAGCUAAGAUGCACCCACAUGCAGCCGGUGGUUCUUCUAUUGUGUCUUAGCUCAGUAAUCAGGAAGUUAUCUAAAGGUUCUUCUCAGUCAGAUAAGUGUGGCUGAAACUGGUGGAGGAAGAAGAGUUUCCUCCUGUUGCUGCUGGAACAGGAGAGCUGAGCUGCUUCCUCCACAGAAUCAGGUAAUGGUCUUCUCAUUGGAUGUAUCAUUGUCAUUGGAGUUCUCGCAGCUGCUGUGGCCUUUCUGCUUUACAAGCAGCGCUGCAACAGAAACUCUUCAGGUAAGGAAGAUGACAAGACUAAUGGUGCUAACCAUCCCUUAACGAAGCACCUGAUAAGGAUGAAUUGAUAUGAUGACGUUUCUCAAUAAGAAUAAUUGAUGUUCAUUUUACAUCAGUCAGUGUUUCUACACAAAGAUAAAUUAUCUCCAAAGUGUUUCAGGACAUUUUUAAAAGUCUGCCAGUUAGAAAUAUUACAUCAAGAUUUUAUUGCUGUUUUUAUUAAAGAUUCAGGUUUAAUAACCAAAUCAAGCUAAGAAAACAAUGUCAGGUAUGUGGUUGUUUAUCACAAGUUUCUCCAUGAAUUUAUUUGAUCUAUUGAAGAACUUAUUGGAAAGUUUACUAUUCAAGUAGUAAAAUUUAAUCUGUGAUUCAA